GUCGCAAAAGCCUACAUGGAUAAAAGUCAAGUGGAUAAGAAAAAAAGAUCGCACGUGGAUUACGCUUGUGGCUGGAACAACUACAGCAUGAGAUUCAUGGGGCUUUGGCCGAGAGAGCAGAUGAUCAAUCCAUCCGAGAACAUGAAAGUUUUCGCCGCGAUAUUUUUCAUGUUUUUCUUCGUAAGUUUACCGCAGACGAUAAAUCUUUUCUUCAUCUGGGGUGACUUCGAUCUGGUCGUGGAAAAUCUAUCUAUGGACAACAUGACUAUCUCUAUUGCGAUUAUGAAAACUCUCGCUUUUUGGUUUAAUGGAAAAUCCCUGAAAGGACUGUUAAAUUCUAUGGAGGAGGAUCGUAAGGAAGCUACGAGGGACGAGGACAUUAAGAGAAUGAUGAUCGUAGCUGAAAUCUCAAGAAAAAUAACCAUAACAGCCAACAUAAUGUGUAACAGUCUCGUCGUCUUUUACGGCAUAAUGCAUUUGGCAACAAAUUAUACGAGCGCCCGUGGACUCUUCUUCCCAGCCUAUUUUCCAUGGGAAACGAAACCCAGUCCAUAUUACGAGAUAACUUUUUUCGGACAGCUUAUGGGUUCCUUCUAUGCUUGCGCCACUUAUUCCGUGGUCGACACGUUCGUCGCGACUCUGGUGUUACACGUUUGCGGACAAUUGGCUAAUCUUAGACACGAGCUAAUUGAUUUGAGAAGAGAAACGAAGGAAGAAUUUCAAGCGAAGUUAGGCGGCAUCGUGAAGAAACACGAUUACCUUAACGAAUUCACAGAAACGAUCGAAAAUUCCUUCAACUCGAUGUUACUGAUUCAAAUGUUAGGAUGUACCAUAACACUUUGCUUGGAAAGCUUUCAAACUCUCGAGUUUCUAACAGGUGAAAAGGAUAAAUUCUUUCUAUUGGAACUCGGAUGCACCAUAUUCUACGUCUGUUAUAUCCUAAUUCAACUUUAUCUUUAUUGUUACGUAGGCGAGAAACUUCUUUCAGAGAGUACAGGAAUCGCGGACGCCGCCUACGAAUGCGAAUGGUUUAACCUGUCACCGAACGAAGCAAAAUGUCUCAUACUGAUCAUGCGUCGUGCAAGAUCGCCCUUGCGCAUUACGGCUGGAAAAUUCUGUUCCUUCAAUCACGAGCUUUUCAGCGAAGUCGUUAAAACAUCGAUGAGUUAUUUAUCCGUUCUCUACGCAAUGAAGAACGAAGAAUGAAAAUAAAAGUAGAAUAAAUGUGACAUAGGAUUAACAUUAUAAUUAUUGUAAAGUCUAGUAAUAUUUUUUAAAUAAUAACUAGACAAAGGGAACAAUAGCAAUUUGUAUUUAUGGAAAUAAAAAUCCUCCGUCCUAAAUCUUGUCAUUUAUUUUCCCGGAAACCAUAGUUCAUACUUUCUCGCUAGAUAUAUAUCAAGAAAAAAAAAAAGAAAAAAGAAACUAGUACUAGUCGCGUUAAAAAAUUUGACAAAUUUAAUCCGCGUCUCGUUGUUAGAAUAUCAAGGUCGAUAUAAAGAGGACAUCUAUAAACCGUAUCAUAUAAAAUUCAAUCGAAGUACCACGUCAGAGAAGUAAAAUGCGCGCGUUGCUUCUAAAAUAUCGGGAAAGAAAAGAGGGGGUGGUUAGAUGAGUAGAGGAAGGGAGAGAGGAAGAGAGAGAGAGAUUGAGAAAGGGAGAAAGAGAGACGAAGAGCGCGUAAAUAUUAAAGAGAUGUUCGAAAGCGCAGGUUGCACGAGAGUUCAUCGAAUAUGCAACAUAAAAUUGAAGAUAACAUAUUCGUUCCCACGU